CCGCUGCGUCCCCUUCUCGGGCUGCAGGGCCGCCUCCGCCGCUUUGCCGGCCGGAGCUGUGCCUGUGAUGAGCCGCAGCUCUCCGCGAGCUCUGCCCCCGGGCGCGCUGCCCCGGCUGCUCCCGGCUGUGCCUGCCGCCGCGCCACGCGCCCUGCUCCCGCCGUGGCCCCGGCGCCCAGGACGCCGCUGGCCCGCGUCCCCGCUCGGAAUGAAGGUGUUCCGCAGGAAGGCGCUGGUGCUGUGUGCGGGCUAUGCACUGCUGCUGGUGCUUACCAUGCUCAACCUCCUGGACUACAAAUGGCACAAGGAGCCGCUGCAGCAGUGCAACCCCGACGGGCCGCUGGGUGCCGCGGCAGGGGCAGCUGGGGGCAGCUGGGGGCGCCCGGGGCCGCCUCCAGCGGCUCCACCCCGCUCUCACACGCGUUUGGACCCCCGCACUCCGUACCGCCCUCCCGUUGCCGCCGUCGGGGCAGCUCCUGCGGCAGCCUUGGGAGUGGUGGGGGCCGCGGCCCCUCCAGGCAAUGGCACUCGGGGCACCAGGGACGGCGGGGACAAGCGGCAGCUGGUAUAUGUGUUUACCACGUGGCGCUCGGGCUCGUCCUUCUUCGGCGAGCUUUUCAACCAGAACCCCGAGGUGUUCUUCCUCUACGAGCCAGUAUGGCACGUGUGGCAAAAACUGUACCCCGGGGACGCCGUUUCCCUGCAGGGGGCAGCGCGGGACAUGCUGAGCGCUCUCUAUCGCUGCGAUCUCUCCGUUUUCCAGUUGUAUAGUCCGGCGGGCAGUGGGGGGCGCAACCUUACUACUCUGGGCAUCUUUGGGGCAGCCACCAACAAAGUGGUGUGCUCCUCGCCACUGUGCCCCGCCUACCGUAAGGAGGUCGUGGGACUGGUGGACGACCGGGUGUGCAAGAAGUGCCCUCCUCAGCGCCUGGCACGCUUUGAGGAGGAGUGCCGCAAGUACCGCACACUGGUCAUCAAGGGCGUGCGCGUCUUCGACGUGGCCGUAUUGGCGCCACUGCUUCGAGACCCGGCCCUGGACCUCAAGGUCAUCCACCUGGUGCGUGAUCCCCGUGCGGUUGCCAGCUCACGCAUCCGCUCGCGCCACGGCCUCAUCCGUGAGAGCCUACAAGUGGUGCGCAGCCGGGAUCCGCGAGCCCAUCGAAUGCCCUUCCUGGAGGCCGCCGGCCACAAGCUGGGUGCCAAGAAGGAGGGUAUGGGCGGCCCCGCAGACUACCAUGCGCUGGGCGCUAUGGAGGUCAUCUGCAACAGCAUGGCCAAGACGCUGCAGACAGCCCUGCAGCCCCCAGACUGGCUGCAGGGUCACUACCUGGUGGUGCGGUACGAGGACCUGGUGGGAGACCCCAUUAAGACGCUACGGAGGGUGUACGACUUUGUGGGGCUGCUGGUGAGUCCAGAAAUGGAGCAGUUUGCCCUGAACAUGACCAGUGGCUCAGGAUCCUCCUCUAAGCCAUUCGUGGUAUCAGCUCGCAAUGCCACGCAGGCUGCCAAUGCCUGGCGGACGGCACUCACCUUCCAGCAGAUCAAGCAGGUGGAGGAGUUUUGUUACCAGCCCAUGGCUGUGUUGGGUUAUGAGCGGGUCAACAGCCCCGAGGAGGUCAAAGACCUCAGCAAGACCCUGCUUCGGAAGCCCCGGCUCUGAGAGAGUUUCCCAGGAGAUCCGACACUCUGUGGAGACACCCACAAAGAUAACUGUGAUGUGUUUAAACAAACAGCCCAGACCCAAACUGAGGUAGCCCACAUAUUCUAUUAUAGAUAUAUAAUAUAAAUAACCACACAGGCACUAGCUGUCGAUGUUUUGAGUCAGUGAAUUUCAAGGAACAGAAAACACACACACACACACACACACACACACACACACCUCAGAAAAGGUAAGACUUGAAAGUUCUGAACAGUGGUCCCUCCUCUCUUGUCCCCUGUCUCUUUCCCCUUCCCCUUUCUCCUGUUUCUCACCCUCUCUCCCACCUGCCUUCCAUUUUGAAGUGGAAUGUUGAUGAAAUCUAGUUCCAGUAACCCAAAUCUUGUUUACAAAGUUUUCGUGGUAUCUGUGAACAUGUAAGAGUAAUCUGGAUGUGGGUGGGGGGUGGGGCGGACAAAGGGGAAGUGGUCCAGGAAAAAAAAGCCCCACUGGGCCUGAUAAUAAACUAAGGAGGCAUUCCUCUAAAGUAGACUUUUGUGUAAAAAAGCAAAGGUUACAUGUGAGUAUUAAUAAAGAAGAUAAUAAAUAAUAUUCUUUUUUUUUUUUUUAAAUAUAUUUGCCUCCCUUGCUUUGGAUUUACCUGUGUUACUUGUCCUACAGAGCUUCAGAUAGAAUCUGCUUCCCUUCCGCCUUCCCUUGUUUCUAGCCCUCUCCUGAAGGACAGCUAACCAGGGAGAAGCUUCUGGCUCCUUGAUAAUAACCCCGGAAUUGUUUUCUCACAUGUAAAUCACAGCCUGCCAGGUGUUCAGGAAUGGAACAAAUCUUCAAAUUCUACAGGCACAACCAAGACGGUUGGAAGAAAAUGCACAAACUACUCUCCUGUUGAACUCCAAGUACAGAAAGGCAGAAGUGAGCCCUUGAGGAUUUGAAUGCAUUUGCUUUUGAUUUCUACUGUAUUGAGUUAAGACAGAGAACCUUGAAGCUGAGACUAACGUUUUUGUCAUGAGUUUGGCUCUGGGAAAAGUCUUUUUAAAAAGUACGUAAUUUUAGAAAAUUCUGAUGAUUAGAACACAAGCCUCAAAAAAUGAAUGUGAACAUAUUGUUGGCGAUGGUAGCAACUUCUUCCGUUAACAAAGUGACACAAGUAUCUGUCUGGGGUGUUUUUCUGCCUCUGACACAGUUCCCAGGCUUAGAAAAGCAGAGAAAUUUUAUCUUCCCCUUUUAAGUAAGGGCACUUAUGGGCUCUUCCUCUUCUUCCUCGCUUACCAUCCAAAUUAGUGAGAAAGAGAAUAUGAAUUUAUAAUGGUUUACUUGGGAUGCCUAGGGGAUAUGUUGCUUUCUUUAUCAUGUUUCCUAAAAGGAAAUUUGCAAAGAAAACACAUGCUGCAGACAGUGUAAGGCUUCAGCCAAGAGCUUCUUUUAGAUUUGAAAAUGAAUUAUGGCGAAGAGAAAAUAAAAAUGGAUUAGUGUGUAGGAUUUUGAGAUUUGGUACUUUCCCAGGGAGAAAACCAUUGAAUUUUCCUGCAAUGGAUGUGAUAUUGCUGUGUCCUGAACCCAUAUUGUACUGAAGCGUUCUGCAGAAUGUUGUAUUAGGAUAAGAAAUUCUGAAGCCCAAAUGGGAACAAGAGACAGUGUGGUUGUAUAUUGCAUUAAAUACGGUACAAGUUCAAUAUCAUCAUGGCUUUAUUUUACUAUAAUUUGUAAUGAGGUUUCUGAAAGUUGUUAUGUAUAAAUUCUGAAGAUUUUAUUUUAGAGAAAAGACAAUGAAAAAUAAUACAUACAUGGAAAAUAUUUGAACACAAAGUGAUUCUUAAGUAUGACUAUCAUUGGGUUGGGGCUUAGCUCAGUUGGUAUGUGCUUGCCUUGCAUGUACAAGGCCCUGAGUUCAAUCCCCAACACUACACCAAAAAAAAAAAAAAAAGCAUAAUUAUCAUUAUAGUGUGAGAUCUAACUACAUUGGUAAAAAUUCCGAGAUGAAGAAGUGUAUAGGUUGUUUUUAUUUUAAAGGUAUAUAUGGCAGUGGAUUUUAUAACAUGUUCUAGAAUGGUUGUUUCUUAAUAUACUAAAAUAGUUUCUAAUAUUGUGUUUAUUAAGUUAUAUUACAGUUAUGACACAGUGAUCAUAUUGUUCAUGAUUUUUUUGUGGUAGUGCCUAUGCUGAAUUAUCUUCAGCAACAUUUGUAAGAGCUUUAAUUUAAGAAUACUUUAAAACUAAAUGAACAAAAUAAAUAUUAAUGUUGGA